UCAUUGGAUAGUUAUUUUGUCCCGUUUUCUGCAUCCCAGGCUACAUAUCGACUUUGCAAGAUCGCCUUCUGUCACCUUCUAUUGAAUAAUUUGUUAGUUACUUCUUUCGCACCAAUCCAAUAAAAUAUAUACGAAAUGCUAUAUCUUGUCAAACGCAUAGCCCUAUUAGGAGCUUUAUUACAUUGCGCGACGUUCGGACAGGCUGAUUAUAAAUGUUAUCACCCAUCGCCGACUGUGAAAGGAAUUCAGAAGGAUCACUGUGUAGCAGCCAUCAAUAGCUUCCCAGUCACGGGUGAUAAGUUGGUCCGAGAUGACACCGUCUUUGAAGCUAAGUAUGGUACUUGCGACGUCAUUUUGGCAGUCACGGGUAAUUCAAAAACUAUUGUCACCACUAAAUCGGGUGCUCUGAGUGCACUCGACCAGGCUUUUACCCUUUGCGGAGGCUACGGCACUGUUUUGAUCACUAAGAAAACCGCAGAUGAAAGUGGUGUCGAAAUGUAUACAGGAGUACCGACCAACUGAACGGGAGAUCUGUAUCACGAAAUGGACAAUGUCAUAGACUACAAUGGAAUCUCUUCAAGUAUUCCGGGUUUUACGCAUACUUACAUUGAGAGAUAAAUCACACGAAUUGUAAUGAAGCCAGUUGUGAUGAACAUCUGUUCUUGGGUGGCUGCGUGAUGUUUUUGGUCAGUGUGUGCGGAUGGGUACGGACUAUUUCAUAGAUGCUGCCUGGAUAUAUUUUGGAUCAAUUCAAGAGGACAGUGUUGAUGUUUGAAUUGAAUGCCCGCAACUUUCAAUGUCAGCAUUUUUUGAACUACUUUUCCUACUCCAGACCAUCAGGUCUAUCUUAAAGCCCAGAUAAUCUUGCAUUUUGAGAUUCUUUGACACCUUUGGUACGCAUACACGGGCUGGGCUUAGCUGCACGCAUGCCGCGCCCUACCAUGAGAUCAAACACGUGAAAUUUGGCAUGUCUCUACUCCCAUCUCCCUCAACAUGAAACAUUAGACAAUGAUAUAUAGAAGGAUGUAUGUUGCCCCUAUCAAUUAGAUUGGUUUUCAUAGAAUCCAGCUACUGGAUUUAGUGUUGGUAACACUGCAAAUAUAAUGUAUUUUUCCAAGGUGAAAAAUGAUUACAUUUAUUUCACAAAAUGAUUAAAAAUGCAUUAAUUCUG